CAUAAUCAUCAUCAUCCACGAUCAGAAAUUCCGUCAUUGCUGGCUCUACAUCUAAAAGUCCGCCUCAGUAUUCUGCCGCUCCCGCUUUACCUAUAGACCGACGUUUUCGCCGCGACGCUCUCAGUCUUUCUUCAGCUUUCGCCGGUGAUAGUUGUGCGUUGUCGAAUUUGUGUACUGUGCUCUUGGAUUAACACAUCAUCAGUAUCAACAUGGCUAACUUCUACCCAACCAAAUGCUCAAUCACGGUGUUCCCUGCCGAUCCGUUCGACCCGAAAGAGGACGCCGACAUUUUGAGGGCGGCCAUGAAGGGGAUGGGCACCGACGAGCAGGCCAUCGUUGACAUCCUCGGCAGGAGAAGCAUCACUCAGAGGCUCGAAAUCGCCGAGACUUUCAAGACUCUCUACGGAAAGGAUCUGAUCAAAGAGCUGAAAAGUGAGCUGGGAGGCAACUUUGAGGAUGCAAUUGUUGCUUUGCUUACUCCUUUGCCUGACUUUUAUGCCAAAGAGAUCCAUGACGCCAUUUCUGGAGUUGGAACCGAUGAAGAAGCUCUUGUCGAAAUUCUUUGCACGCUCAGCAAUUACGGAAUUAAAACUAUUGCAGCCACUUACAAGAAACUUUACGACUCAAAUAUGGAAGACGACUUGAAGGGAGAUACAUCAGGACACUUCAAGAGAUUGCUUGUCUCAAUUUGUAUGGCGAAUCGAGAUGAAAAUGAUGUAGUGGAUGAGCAAGCAGCCUCUGAUGCUGAGGCCCUCAUUUCUGCAGGUGAAGGUCAAUGGGGCACUGAUGAGUCAGUAUUCAACUCGAUCCUUGUGAGUUCUUCGUACGCUCAACUGCGCAGAAUCUUCCAGGAAUACGAGAAGCAGUCGGGAAGGGACAUCGAGGAAGCCGUCAAAUCAGAACUGGAGGGAAGCCUUGAGAGCGGAUACCUUGCCAUUAUCAAGAGCGUGAAGAACAAGCCAAAGUAUUUCGCUGAGAGACUGGAGGCAGCCAUGAGUGGAGCUGGCACUGAUGACAAGACCCUCAUCAGGAUAGUUGUCGGCCGAUCAGAGAUUGAUCUCGGUGACAUCAAACAGGAGUAUUACAACCUUUACAACAUGAUGCUCGAAGAGCGAAUUUCUAAUGACUGUUCUGGUGACUACAAGAGAAUACUAAUCGCAGUGGCUUCGUAAUUCAGCAGCUUGCUUCCAUUUUGUCACACGCUCUACUUCAACACAGGAUUGCAUGGGUGCUCUGGGCUCUGGGUCCUUCCUCUCUACUACAGCUUGCAUGCCACACUGUGCGCUACCAUCCAAAAUUAUUACAAACAUUUUUUAAAAUUCGAACGAAAAAUUCUUACAAACUUUUUUCAAAGGUCAAAUGAAAUUACUGGAAUGCUUCUCGUCAACUGGAUCAAAUUUCGCAGAAUGACAGUUAGUUAUGAUGUUGUCCCUUAUUGUAGAAAUGUUCAAUCAACUCUUUUGAAAGUCAAAUGAAAAAUUCUUACAAACUUUUUUCAAAAGUCAAAUGAAAUUAGGCUACUGGAAAGCUUCUCGUCAACUGGAUUAAAUUUCACAGAAGGACAAUUAUAGUUACGGUAUUAUGUCCCUUAUUGUAGAAUGUUCAAUCAACUCUUUUAAUUGUCAAAUGAAAAAUUCUUACAAACUUUUUUCAAAAGUCAAAUGAAAUAUUACUGGAAUGCUUCUUGUCAACUGGAUUAAAUUUCACAGAAGGAUAAUUAUAGUUAUUAUGUCCCUUAUUGUAGAAAUUUUCAAUCAACUCUUUUAAAAGUCAAAUGAAAAAUUAUUACAAACUUUUUUCAAAAGUCAAAUGAAAUUAGGCUACUGGAAUGCUUCUCCUCAACUGGAUUAAAUUUCACAGAAUGACAGUUAGUUAUGAUGUCCCUUAUUGUAGAAAUGUUCAAUCAACUCUUUUAAAAGUCAAAUGAAAAAUUCUUACAAACUUUUUUCAAAAGUCAAAUGAAAUUGCUGGAAUAUUUCGUCAACUGGAUCACUAAUUUCACUGAAGGACAAUUAGUUAUUAUGUCCCUUAUUGUAGAAAUGUUCAAUCAACUCUUUUAAAAGUCAAAUGGAAAAUUCUUACAAACUUUUUUCAAAAGUCAAAUGAAAUUAGGCUACUGGAAUGCUUCUCGUCAUCUAGAUCAAAUUUCAUAGAAGGAUAGUUAGUUAUUUUGUCCCUUAUUGUAGAAAUGUUCAAUCAACUCUUUUAAAAGUCAAAUGAAAAUUCUUACAAACUUUUUUCAAAAGUCAAAUGAAAUUGCUGGAAUAUUUCGUCAACUGGAUCACUAAUUUCACUGAAGACAAUUAGUUAUUAUGUCCCUUAUUGUAGAAUGUUCAAUCAACUCUUUUAAAAGUCAAAUGGAAAAUUCUUACAAACUUUUUUCAAAAGUCAAAUGAAAUUAGGCUACUGGAAUGCUUCUCGUCAUCUAGAUCAAAUUUCAUAGAAGGAUAGUUAGUUAUUUUGUCCCUUAUUGUAGAAAUGUUCAAUCAACUCUUUUAAAAGUCAAAUGAAAAAUUCUUACAUACUUUUUUCAAAAUGCAAAUGAAAUUACUGGAAUGCUUCUCGUCAACUGGAUUAAAUUUCACUGAAGGACAAUUAGUUACUAUGUCCCUUAUUGUAGAAAUGUUUAAUCAACUCUUAGUUGCAAAAUACUAUGUUUUAAUAAUUUGAUUAUAUGGUAUAUGAGAUAUUGUGGUUUUUCUCCAUAAUUGAAAGAAUAAGACGUUUAUUUUGUCAAUACCACAAGUUGACGUUGGUGUUGACAACAUCAACGUCUUAUUCUUUCAACUAGUUUUCAUUUGACAUGGAUAUUAAUUUGUAGAUGGCAAAUCAAUUCAAGGAUUGAAGUGAAGAUUUAUCUACUAAAUUAAAUUUAGCAAACAUUUGCUUUAUAACAAACAUGCUUUUAUUUUCAUAGAUACAUAUACAAGAAAAUAUUAGAGCAUAGAAAUAAUUAAUAAAAGAAAAUUCCAAACUAGAUCACAUUAUUACUGAUUUUUCUCAAAGAUAAUAUUGUGAAAGUAGGUGUAGAUUAGGGAAACAAUUUGUUACAGAAAUGUCUUGAGUUUGCUAAGGCCAGUAAAAUUUGUUUAAAAUGAGUGUAGGUUUGGAAAAUGAUUUGUUAGCGAAAUGCCUUGGUUUUCUAAUGCCAAUAAAAUUAGACAAAAGACUGAAACAAAAAUGUUGUGUGACACCGAUAAAAUCAAAAUAUUUGUAGAGCAGCUAAUAAGCCACGAAAAAUCUACUAAAAUAAUAAUUUAGUAUUCUUUCUUCUACACAUUAUUCGAGUUGGCUAUAGUAUUGAGAUUCGCCAUAUUAUAGUUUCUAUACCCUCUGCCCUCUAUAAAAUCUAAGUUAGCUACUAUAAAAUCUUUGCCAGCUAUAGUUUUAAAAGUUUCAAAAUUAUAGUUUGAAGUUUAAAAAAGUUUUGCUCUAAUCGAUAGAAAUAGCAAUAAUUGCUCUGUUACUACUGAAAUUCAGUUGCAAAUAGCAGAGAUGAAGUAAAUCAUAUAGGUAGUUUUCAAUAUAAACAAUAUAGUUUUCGUUACUCUAUGCAAAUAAUUAUCUUCUAUAAUCUACUUAUUCGAACUCUAUAUUUAGAAAUAAGACGUAGUCAUAAGCAAAUUUAUUGUACAAAUGUUGGCCUAUCGCUUUGCAUUCUUUAAUGAAGUUCAUUAAAUUAAAAAUUAAUAUCCUUUAACAAUUAUGCACUCAGUAAUUUAUGUUCAACCAUAACAUAGAUUUAUAUAAGGCUGGCAUGUUUUAAUAUAAUGCAACCGAUGAUUAGUUACAAGAU